AUGAAAGACGCGUUGGAAGAAGCUCGAGGCGCCGCCGUCGUCGCCGCCGAGGCGGCGAAAAAAUUGGAAUCCGCGCGAGACGCCGCGGUGGCAGAGGCGGACGACCUGCGCGUGCGGUUGAAGAACGGCGAGGCGGGAGCCGCGAAGUACGCGGAUAAACUCACGAAAGAACUCGACAGCAUCCGCGUCGCGGCGACGACCGCGGCGGAAGAGGGCGGGAAGCGUUUACGCGACGCGAACGAGCGCGUCAAGGAGCUGAUGACGAUGAUGGAGGAGAAAGACAAAGACGUGCGGAACAUGCAGGAACAGCUCGACGAAGCGCGCGCUGUCGCGGUCGCCGCCGCAAAGGAAGCUAAAAAUCUCGAGAACGUCCGCGAGCAAGCGGAAUCCGCCGCGGUCGAGGGCAGGGCGAGGAUUUCAUCCCUGAGCGAGCGCGUGGAAGAGUUGCAGGCGAAAGCGGAGGAAAAGGACGUCGAGCUGCUUUCCGUGCUCGAAGAGCUCACGAAGGCGCGAGACGCCGCGGAGAAGGCGCGAGACGCGGAGAAGCAGCGCGAGGCCGCGGUCGAGGCCGCGGAGGAAGCGACCGAGCGCCUCAUGGCGAACAAGCGCGAGCUCGAGGAGAUUCGCGAAGAAGCCGCGAUUGCCAGAAAGGAAGGCACCGCGCGGAUUCGUGCGCAAGAAGAAGAACUCGAGCGCCGGCGCGAGGAAGAAAUUCUCGCCGCGAAAGCGCUCGAGGCCGCGGCUAUCGAGCUCGAGAAGAUCAAAUCGGACGCGAAAUCUGCGGCGGAGUCCGGCAGCGCGCGCAUCCGAGCGCUGCAGGACGAGGUUGAAACCUUACGCGAGCGCGCGAGCGAGUCUGAAGCCACGAAGAACAAACUGCGUGACACCGAAGACGAGCUUGCAAGGGUCUUAUCGGACGCGAAAUCCGCGGCGGAGAACGGCGGCGCGCGCAUUCGAGCGCUGCAGGACGAGGUUGAAAUCUUGCGCGAGCGCGCGAGCGAGUCUGAAGCCGCGAAGAACAAACUGCGCGACACCGAAGACGAGCUCGAAAAGGUGAAAGCCGAGGCUGCGGAAGCCACGGAGGCGGGCGGCGCGAAGAUCGAGAAGCUCACGGCCGAGAUGAAGAUGUUCCGGAAAGCCGCGGCGGGUUCCGCGAAGAUCGAGGAGGAGGCGAUGAAGGCGAGGAAGGUGAUGGAGGAGCUCGAGGAGGUGAAAGCCGCCGCCGCGGAAGCCGCGGAGAAGGGCGGCGCUCGGAUCCGAGCCGCGGAGGAAGAAGUCGAGCGUCUUCGCGCGGAGGCGGAACAGUUCGCGAACGCGAGGACGGCGCUCGACGUCGGCGACGAGCGCGUCCGCGAGCUCGAGUUUGAGCUUCGGGAGGUCAAAGCCGCCGCCGCCGCCGCCGCGGAGGAGGGCGGAAAACGCAUCAAGUCGCAACAGGAGGAGCUCGAACGCUUACGCGUCGCGGUCGCGGACGCGGAAGCGACCGCCGCGGAGGCGAGAACCGUCGCGGUGUCGUCCGCGUCGUCCUUGGACGACGAGAAGAACGUCGAGCGCAUACUCGAGCUGACGAAGGAGCUGCAGGAGGUCAAAGCUGCCGCAGCCGCCGCCGCGGAGGAGGGCGGAAAACGCAUCAAGUCUCAAGAGGAGACGAUCGUCUCCAUGAAGGAGACGGUCGCAAAGUUGGAAGAAGCCGCCGCGGCGAAGCCGGAACCGGAACCGCCUCGCGAGGACGACGCGAAGAGCGGCGAAGACCACGACGAGCGCGUCCGACGCAUGGAGCUCGAGCUCGAGGAGGUGCGAGCCGCCGCCGCGGAAGCCGCGGAGAAGGGCGGCGCUCGGAUCCGAGAGCUCGAGAGAAACAUCGAGGAGGCGUCCGAGCGUCCGAGUGCGGAUGGCGGCGCGCUCAUCGAAAAACUCCGUAAAGAGCGCGACGAAGCGCGCGCGAUCGUGGACGAGCAAGACGACAAGCUCGCGAAGAUCGCGGCGGCGGCCGAGGAGGCGGCGGCGGCGACGCGCGACGACGAAGACGACCGCGCGACGCGCCUCGAGACGGAACUCGCGGCGGUGAAGGCUGCCGCCGCGGAAGCCGCCGAGCGAGGCCGCGCGCGCGUCGCCGCCGCGGAGGAAGAGCUCGUCGCCGUCAAGACCGCGGCCGCAGACGCCUCGGAGCGCGCCGACGCGCGGAUCCGCGCCGCGGAAGAGGAUCUGGACCGCAUUAAAUCGGCGGCGUCCUCCCCGGCGCUCGCCGCGGCGGAGGCGGCGAGCGCGGCGGAGGAGGUCAUCGCGCGCGCGCGUCGCACGGAGCAAGAGCUCGAGGACGUCCGCCGCGCCGCCGCCGUCGCCGCGGAGGAAGGCGGCGCGAGGAUUCGAUCGAUGCAAGAGGAGAUCGAGACGCUGCGGCGCGACGCGUCCGCGUCCGCGUCCGAUGCGGAGACGCGGCUGCUUCGACAGCUCGCGGGGAAAGACGAGGAGCUCAAGACGAUGCGCCGCAAGCUCGACGGGGCGCGCGCGACGGCGUCGUCCAACGCGGACCUCGCCGCCGAGGCCGCGGAGCGUCUCCUCGCCGCGGAGCAGAUCGUCGACGCCGCGCGACGCGACGCGUCCGACGCCGCGGAACGCGUCCAGCGCGCGGAGACGCGCGCGCGCGCGGCGAAGGAGGACGCCGAGCGCGCGUUGGCCGACCGCGAAACCGCGACGUCCCGGCGACUCGCCGAAGCCGCCGCCGCGUACGACGACCUCGCCGCCGAAGCGGCGCGCGAGGAGCGCGAGGCGAACGCGCGGCUGAAAGAGCUCGUCGCGGAGCUCGAGCGCGCGGAGGCGGCGUCUCGAGACGCGAUCCUCGAGCGCGACGAGACGAUCGCGCGCAUGGAGCGUUCCCUGCGCGAGCUCCAGCUCGAGUCGUCGUCGGCGUUGGAAUCGGCGAGGCUGGCGGCGGCGGCGGCGGAGACGGCGCGCGCAGACGCGGAGGACGCCGCGGCGAGCGCGGCGAAGGACGCCGCGGCGACGUAUAAGCGGUUGGAGACGUCGCUGUCGCACGCGGAGACGGAGCUCCGGUUGAUGGAGAGCGCGAUGGCGAGGGAGCUCGCGAAUAACAGCGUGGCGCGCGGGAAGGCGUCGUCGGCGUCGGCGUCGUCGUCGUCGAGGGCGG